AUCACAUGACUUGAAGUGGAAUCAUAUGAUAAAACUGGUCAAAAUGGCCGCGUCCAUACGAAGCGCAGUGAAUCUUGCUUUAACUUUGAGUUUUAUUUUUAUAAGUUUUGUCAACUGUCUUCCGAGGUUCUUCCAUGGACGAUUAAAGCAUGGAAUGCUUGGGGCCCCCAAACUGCCCCCAGGGUCAGUACUUCCAACAGAUAUGUGGUUAAAACAGAGACUGACGCAUUUCAACGAUGCCGACACAAGGAGUUGGCAACAGAGAUAUUUUGUAAAUGAUACGUUCUAUAAACCUGGUGGCCCAAUCUUUAUAAUGAUUGGCGGCGAAGGAACCGCUAAUCCAGCGUGGAUGCUGCAAGGAGCAUGGAUAGAUUAUGCCAAGACGUAUAAUGCUAUUUGUUUUUUACUUGAGCACAGAUAUUAUGGGAAAAGUCAUCCUACAUCAGAUUUAAGUGUAGAGAAUUUGCAGUUUUUAAGCAGUGAGCAGGCUCUUGCAGACUUGGCGUACUUUAUCCAGUACAUUAAAAAGAAAUAUAAUUUACUUUCUCUACAGCAGAAACUCAUUACCUUUGGAGGCUCUUAUCCAGGUUCUCUGUCUGCCUGGUUCAGGGUGAAAUAUCCCCAUCUGGUUGAUGGCGCUGUGGCAACCAGUGCACCAAUUCUGGCGAAACUGGAUUUUAAAGAGUAUUUACAAGUGGUUGUAAAUUCCCUUGCAACCACAGGGCAGGGAUGUAAUAAGAAUAUCAAAAUGGCAACUGAUGGUGUAACACAAAUGCUGAAGACAGACACUGGAAGGAAAACUGUGGAAAAGAUGUUCAAGUUAUGUGAUCCAUUAGACACUUCAAAACAUUUGGACGCAGCAAGUCUAUUCUCCAACUUAGCCGGGAACUUUGAAGGAGUUGUGCAAUACAACAAAGAUAACCGAGCUUUUGAGGGUGCCAUAGGAACCAAUGUGACAAUAGAAACAAUAUGUGGUAUCAUGAUGGAUGAGAAAUCUGGGUCUCCAAUAGAAAGAUAUGCCAGGGUCAAUGAUUUGAUGUUGUCUACAUAUUCACAGAAAUGUCUUGAUAACAGUUAUGACAAAAUGAUUACAGAACUACAGAAUGUGUCUUGGAAUGCUAGUGCUUCAGAAGGAGGCAGGCAAUGGACAUACCAGACUUGUACAGAGUUCGGAUUUUUUCAGUCGUCAGACCUUGGGGACAUACAGCCGUUUGGAAAUUUUUUUGAUAUCAACUUCUCUGUUCAACAGUGCAUGGACAUAUUUGGACCCAAGUUUAACCAGGAUCUAAUUCAGGCUGGGAUAAACAGAACUAAUACAAACUAUGGUGGCUAUCGAAUGAAGGCCACAAAGAUUGUUUUUCCAAAUGGAUCCAUCGAUCCUUGGCAUUUCCUAGGAUUUACCAAUGAUCUUUCUAAAGAAUCUCCAGCUAUUUUCAUACAAGGGACAGCGCAUUGUGCCAACAUGUAUCCUGCUGCCAGCAGUGACUCACCACAGUUAGUUCAAGCACGGACCAACAUACAGAAACUCAUUGGAGUGUGGCUGAUGUAAAAGAAAAAAACUAAUCACACACUUAAUGCCUACAAUUUCAGAGUACAGAUGUACUCAUGUUUUCAAAGUAUAGGAUAUGCUUGUACAUGUACUUAUUUCUCUUAAGAAAUUCAUCAUAUGUUUAGAAACAUUUAACGUGAUUUGAUGUGAAAUGAUUGUUGCUUCGUGUGUCAGUCAUGCUGUAUUAAAGGUCAUAUGACAGUU